CCCUCCCCUGGCGGCGGGCUUGGGGAGCUGCCGGAGUUUAAGCACGCGGGAGGGAGAUGCGACCGCCGCUUGGGCUCCUUGCAGAUUUCCUAGCAUAAUGCUGGAGCAGGAGGCUGGCAGCCUGCAGUUUUCAAGAUGGCAGAGCUGGAUGCUGACUUGGAUCACAUCAUCCCAUCUUCUGUCCUUCCCCCUUUCUGGGCUAAGUUAGUAGUAGGAUUUGUUUCCCUCGUGUGUUUUGCCAGGAGCUAUGAUGGAGAUUUUGUCUUUGAUGACUCUGAAGCUAUUGUUAACAAUAAGGACCUCCAAUCAGACACACCCUUGGGGGACCUGUGGCAUCAUGACUUCUGGGGCAGUAGACUGAGCAGCAAUACCAGCCACAAGUCCUACCGGCCACUUACUGUCCUGACUUUCAGGAUCAACUACUAUCUGUCAGGAGGCUUCUACCCCAUGGGUUUCCAUGUGGUCAACAUCCUCCUGCAUGGUGGCAUCUCCAUCCUCAUGCUAGACGUCUUCUCGGUACUGUUCGGUGGCCUACAGUACACCAGUAAAGGCCGGAGGGUACACCUUGCCCCCAGAGCGUCCCUGCUGGCGGCACUGCUGUUUGCUGUCCAUCCAGUGCACACUGAGUGUGUCGCUGGUGUUGUUGGCCGCGCAGACCUCCUGUGUGCCCUGUUCUUUUUGUUAUCUUUCCUUGGCUACUGUCAAGCAUUUAAAGAAAGUAACAAGGAGGGAACACAUUCUUCCACCUUCUGGGUAUUGCUGAGUAUCUUUCUGGGAGCAAUGGCUAUGCUGUGCAAAGAACAAGGGAUCACUGUGCUGGGCUUGAAUGCUGUGUUUGAUAUCCUGGUGAUAGGCAAAUUCAACAUUCUGGAAACUGUCCAGAAGGUACUACAUAAGGACAAGUCAUUAGAGAACAUUGGCGCACUCAGGAAUGGAGGCUUCCUCUUCCGAAUGACCCUGCUUACCUUCGGAGGCACCGGCAUGCUCUAUGUACGCUGGAAAAUCAUGGGUACAGGUCCACCGGCAUUUACUGAGGUGGACAAUCCAGCCUCCUUUGCAGACAGCAUGUUGGUCAGGGCCAUAAACUAUAAUUACUACUAUUCAUUGAAUGCCUGGCUGCUGCUGUGUCCCUGGUGGCUGUGUUUUGAUUGGUCAAUGGGCUGCAUCCCCCUCAUUAAAUCAGUUGGUGACUAUAGGGUAAUUGCUCUAGCGGCACUUUGGCUCUGCCUAAUUGGCCUCAUAUUCCAAGCUCUGUGCUCUGAAGAUAGCUGCAAGAGAAGAAUCCUUACUCUGGGUCUGGGAUUUCUUGUGAUUCCCUUUCUUCCUGCAAGCAACUUGUUUUUCCGAGUGGGCUUCGUGGUCGCAGAGCGUGUCCUCUACCUCCCCAGCGCUGGGUACUGCAUGCUGCUGACCUUUGGAUUUGGAACCCUAAGCAGACACACUAAGAAAAAGAAACCAGUUGCCGCUGUUAUCCUGGGCAUUCUACUCAUCAAUGCACUGAGAUGUGUGAUUCGCAGUGGCGAGUGGCGGAGCGAAGACCGGCUCUUUCGAAGUGCCCUGUCUGUGUGUCCCCUCAAUGCUAAGGUUCACUACAACAUUGGCAAAAACCUGGCUGACCAAGGCAACCAAACAGCGGCCAUCAGAUAUUACCGGGAAGCAGUCAGACUAAAUCCCAAGUACGUUCAUGCCAUGAAUAACCUCGGGAAUAUCUUAAAAGAAAGGAAUGAGCUCCAGGAAGCUGAAGCGCUGCUGUCAUUGGCUGUUCAAAUUCAGCCAGACUUUGCAGCUGCGUGGAUGAAUUUGGGCAUAGUUCAGAAUAGCCUGAAACGGUUCGAGGCGGCAGAGCAAAGCUACCGGACAGCAAUUAAACACAGGCGGAAAUACCCAGACUGCUACUACAACCUUGGGCGGCUGUAUGCAGAUCUAAAUCGCCAUGUGGAUGCAUUGAAUGCAUGGAGAAAUGCCACCGUACUGAAGCCGGAGCACAGCCUGGCAUGGAACAACAUGAUCAUACUCCUGGACAACACAGGUAAUUUAGCCCAGGCUGAAGCGGUCGGAAGAGAAGCACUGGAAUUAAUUCCUAAUGAUCACUCUCUUAUGUUCUCCUUGGCAAAUGUGCUGGGAAAAUCUCAGAAAUACAAGGAGUCUGAAGCCUUAUUCCUCAAGGCAAUUAAAGCAAAUCCAAAUGUUGCGAGUUACCAUGGUAAUCUGGCUGUGCUUUAUCAUCGCUGGGGACAUCUCGACUCGGCCAAGAAACACUAUGAGAUCUCCUUGCAGCUUGACCCCGUGGCAGCAGGCACCAAGGAGAAUUACCGUCUUCUGAGAAGAAAGCUCGAACAAAUGCAGAAGAAAGAUGUCUGAUCUUCCUCGUGUUUGAGUUUGUGCGUGUGUACAUGAGGCCUCGGUUCAGAUUGUGCGUUUGUGCUUAGCCAUUUCAAGUUUUCAGACAUUUUGUUUAUUCUACUGUUAUUUUUUUCUAUGGAAAACAAAGACCUGCAAAACGAUUAUAGCACCAGCAAUACACUCUUGCAUGUGAUAGGAUUUUUUCAUUGAAAUUGUAUUUUUUCAGACUACCCAAAUGUAAUUCUAAAAUUCCAAAAAUGAAGCCUUUUUUUAACUAAACAGAUAAAGGAGAAAAAAUUACCUUGAGCAACUUUUGCUUAUGUUAAACCUGCAUUUGGGGUAUAAUUGUCAUGAUGAGGUAGAGUGACCUAGACAUGGCUGACUCCUACAACUUACAUAGCACUAAAUGUGUCUGUAUAUUAGCAUGUUUAUUUAAUGACAAGAAAGAGUAAAUUAAGAUUUGGGUGUUUUUUAAGUCUCUUUGCAACAGUAUAAAUUGAAGUUUGUAAGAAAUUAUUUACUUCUUUGUGUUGAACAGGAUAAAUAAUUGAAGAAGAAGGGAAAUUUUAACAUCUGGUAUAUCUAUAUAUUUUUUUCUUUCAUAGGAAGGUUUUGACUCCUAUGCUUUUUGGGUGUGUGUGUGUGUGUUCCAACAUGGAUGAUGUUAGUACACAGGAUAAUAUUUACAAAGUACUGCCAUUGUUGGUAGAGUACCCUGCUGUGCCUAGGCAAAAGCAGGCACCUGACAUCUUGGUUUCUGUCCUGUCCAGUGUUCAGAGGGCUACGUGUCUGUGUACCUUGUAUUUUCAUGUUUUUUGUUGUGAAGUGGGUUUCCAUUUCACAUAGUGUACCUGCUGACAUUAGUCUAUCCAGAAAAUGCAAAAAGGUAAAUUUUUUUUACAGAAGAAAUCAAAAUUCUGGAUUGUGUGGUGUUCUUAAAAACUGCGUUGCUUUUCCUUGUCUUAGAUUACAACAAUUUGUUUACUUAGUUUUUUCUUUAUAUACUGUUGACCUAAUAAUUUAUGCAAUCUCUGUAAUUUCUAUUGCAGUAAAACUAUCACACAAACUU